UUGAUUUCCCUUGGAAAAACCAUAAAAACUAUCCUAAGCCCUAAAAUUAGUGGACCCCACCCCAGCGAGUCACAUAGCAUCAUGAUUAAAUUCGGGAGCAUGAAAAAAAUAAAAAUGCCAUCCAAAACAUUAAAUCAUCUUCGAUGGGUUUUGUGGGUUUGAGAUGAUUAAGCAAAUCCCAGAGUUUCCCAUUAAAAAAGAUCUCCUCGAAUUUUAUGGGCAUUUGAGCUCCUCCCCCACUCUCCUCUCCUCGGCGUGUUCUCCACGCUCGCAUCGAUCAUUUGUGGGUCGCGUGGCGGAAAAUGAUGAUUGGAAAUGGCGACACUAUCUCAGGCUACUCACAGGGUUUUUUUUGUGUGUGUUUUCGUGGUUUACAAAGCGGUGAGAAGAGCAUCUUUUGGAAAGCGGUGGUCGUCCCGUUUGUCGAACUAAUGCUGAAAUUGAGGUGACAGUGGGUAUAGUUAGGCCUUUGACACAUAUUCAUAGAGAAACCGAUUCCGAAUACAAUGCACAGGUGCAGUAGCUCUCAGGGAAACAUGGUGGGUCCAUGUUCAUGUGGCCUGUAUCAAAGCCAAAGCAACUCCUCGUGGCUAUUUUCCAUGCCGAACCACCGAUCUUGCGAUGAAACCAACAUGUACCCUUUCAUGCCCUCUUCAUCUUCUUCCGUUGAUUGCACUCUCUCUUUGGGAACUCCAUCCACUCGUCUUUGUGAAGACGACGACAAGCAUAUCCGCCAUGAACGUAGUAACCCUUGCAUUUCCAACUAUUGCUGGGACAUGUUGCAGAACAAGAGCGCACCUUAUUCACACCAAACCACCAAAGCUAGCCGUGGAAGAAAUGGAAAUAGCAGUAACUGCUCAGGCAACGAUCCUCUCUUAGCUCGCCGCUGCGCCAACUGCGACACUACUUCAACCCCACUUUGGAGGAACGGGCCGAGGGGUCCAAAGUCACUUUGCAAUGCCUGCGGGAUUCGAUUCAAAAAAGAAGAAAGAAGAGCUACAGCAGCAAAUGCAAACAACUCAUCGAGUGCAACAGCUUCAAUGCUGGAACAGCAACACCAUGGCUAUCAGUAUCACCACAACAAUUCAUGGGUUCAUCAGAACCAAAAAAUGCCAUGUUUUUCCCCUCUUAAUGAAUUCAGGUUCAUUGACGAUACUGAUCGAGAUUCUGAUACUGGCAUCCCCUACCUUUCUUGGAGACUCAACGUCACGGACAGGCCAACAAGCCUUGUCCAUGACUUUACAAGAUAAAAAAAAAAAAAAAUCAAAGAAUAAAGAAGAAAAAAGAAAAGGAAAAGAAACCCUGGUUCCCAUUGACGGUCAAGAUCAUGCACCAAUGACUGAAACGUAUCACGAUGAUGGUGACGCUUACAUGGUCUUCGUUUCGUCUAGUCAAAAAUUCUUUUUUUAUUUAUUUAUUUAAAUUUUGCUUUUCUUUGUUUGUCUCCUUUGUCUGUCUUCAAUAGAUGGUGUAAGAACGGGAUCAUCCUAUGUUCUUAGUUGCUUUUGAUUUUGAUAUUUUUUUUCAUGUUCUUUAACUUUUCCUUUCACCUUCAGUUUUAUAUUAGUAAAACAUUUCUGUUUUAGAGUUACAACUUUCUUCACAUAUCAUCCCCUUGUUGACCUCCCCCAGUUUCUUGGUCUUCAUCAUCCCACUAGGUGAAACAUUUUUAUCAGAUAUAUGAUGAGUUCAGCACCUUUAGAUUUAAUUACUGAUAUUUCUUUCCUUCCCUGAUGAAAUAAUGUAAGGAUCUAGGAAGUACGUGUUUUGCCUACAUAAUGCAGCAUUGGUACCUUUUCUUUUUUAAUGUUUAUGAAACUGGAGUUUGCUUUA